GGACCAUGAUCUUGGACCCCCCUAGGAGAGGCCUUCUGAUGUUCCUGAUGGCCUUGGGCCUGACCCAGAGUGACCCCAUGAAGCCCUCUCGGGGCCCGCUGGUCACCUGCACCUGUGAGAGCCCACAGUGCAGGGGGCCUACCUGCCAGGGGCUCUGGUGCACGGUCGUGCUGGUGCGGGAGGAGGGCCGGCAGCCGAAGGAGCACCGGGGCUGCGGGAGCCUGCAUGAGGAGCUGUGCCGGGGGCGCCCCACCGAGUUCGUCAACCAUUACUGCUGCUACAGCAGCCUCUGCAACCACAACGUGUCCCUGGUCCUGGAGGCCACCCAAAUUCCUCCGGAGCAGCCGAAGGUAGAUGGCCAGCUGCCUCUGAUCCUGGGCCCCGUGCUGGCCUUGUUGGCCCUGGGGGCCUUGGGGGCCCUGGGCCUGUGGCAUGUCCGGCGGAGGCAGGAGAAGCAGCGGGCCCUGCACAGCGAGCUGGGCGAGUCCAGCCUCAUCCUGAAGGCAUCCGAGCAGGGGGACAGCAUGCUGGGGGAUCUCCUGGACAGUGAUUGCACCACGGGCAGUGGCUCAGGACUCCCCUUCCUGGUGCAAAGGACAGUGGCACGGCAGGUGGCCCUCGUGGAGUGUGUAGGCAAGGGUCGCUACGGCGAGGUGUGGCGUGGCCUGUGGCAUGGUGAAAGCGUGGCCGUCAAGAUCUUCUCUUCAAGGGAUGAACAGUCCUGGUUCCGGGAGACUGAGAUCUAUAAUACAGUGCUGCUCAGACACGACAACAUCCUUGGCUUUAUCGCCUCAGACAUGACCUCCCGCAACUCAAGCACGCAGCUGUGGCUCAUCACGCACUACCACGAGCACGGCUCCCUCUACGACUUUCUUCAGAGGCAGACACUGGAGCCGCAGCUGGCCCUGAGGCUAGCUGUGUCGGCUGCCUGCGGUCUGGCUCACCUGCACGUGGAGAUCUUUGGCACGCAGGGCAAGCCAGCCAUCGCCCACCGAGACCUCAAAAGCCGCAACGUCCUGGUCAAGAGCAACCUGCAGUGCUGCAUCGCUGACCUGGGCCUAGCUGUGAUGCACUCCCAGGGUAGUGAUUACCUGGACAUCGGGAACAACCCACGAGUGGGCACCAAGCGGUACAUGGCCCCCGAGGUGCUGGAAGAACAGAUCCGCACCGACUGCUUCGAGUCCUACAAGUGGACAGACAUCUGGGCCUUUGGCCUGGUGCUAUGGGAGAUUGCCCGUCGGACCAUUGUCAACGGCAUUGUGGAGGACUACAGGCCACCCUUCUAUGAUGUGGUGCCCAAUGACCCCAGCUUUGAGGACAUGAAGAAGGUGGUGUGUGUUGAUCAGCAGACCCCCACCAUCCCCAACCGGCUGGCUGCUGACCCGGUCCUCUCAGGCCUGGCUCAGAUGAUGCGGGAGUGCUGGUACCCCAACCCCUCUGCCCGCCUCACUGCACUGCGAAUCAAGAAGACACUGCAGAAACUGAGCAACGGUCUCGAGAAGCCCAAAGUGAUUCACUAGCCACAGACCUGAAGCCCGACCGACUCCCCUCUGCCUGCAAUGUAUGUGGGGCGGGGAAGCAGACGGUGGCCCAGGGGUGGCUGUGCCUGCCGGCUCAUCCAGCCAAAAAUACAGCUGGACUGAAACCCGAUCCCCCGCCGUCUGGCCUGCUCAAAGCAGCAGGCUCCCUGACGCCUGGCUCCCUCCUCACCCUCAUGCCCCGGUGCAGUCCCUACCAACCCCAGGACAGGAUGCGAAAGAGGCCCCAGAGCCAGGGUGGCCAGGCCAGGGAAUCCCAGUCGCCGGCCCGGAGCCCAGGCCUGCACUUUUCCCCCUGCCCUCGGUCAACCCCGCUGCCCCACCAGAGCUGCCAGGGUGACGCAGGGUUCUCUCUAGCCUUCAGUACACAUCCUGCCUCUGGCAUCAGCCCCACACCCACAGUCCAUCAUUUCCUCUCUGGGCUUGUCCGGGGCCUCUGUCUCCUGGACAGGACCCCACCAGCCCAGCGCCAGCCGCCUGGGAGAGCUGGGGCCUGAUCCUGGGCCCCUUCCCCAUGCCCUCCCUAGCUCACUUCUUAGGGCCUUAAACCCAAGGAAUCCUGCUGCAGGCGUGGCUGGGUUGGAGGACUGUGGAGAGGUAGUUGGUCAGAUUGGGGAGGCCCAGGACCUUCAGAACAACGGGGAGACGCUGAAGCCAAGCACAGCUGGGGAAAGGCUCAGCUGGGAGUCAGGAGACCCAUGUUCUGGUCCUGGGCAAUUGCUCUACGGGACAAGAAUGAAGUCUUCACGGUCUGGAACCUUUGUUUCCUCAUCUACCUAUUGCAAGAUUCGGUCCUGAUGUCCUUUGAGAUUUUGUCAGCUCUAAUUUUCUUUGACAUUUCAGCCUGUGUCAGGGGUCAGUCAGUUCAUCUGUUCCUUCUGCUCCUUUUGCCCAGCCCUGGUAGUUUGCCUCAAGGUGGGGACUUGAAAAUGACUUAAUCUGAGGCCAGGAGCGCCUGAAAGGUCUCCUAGACAAAUUCUACAAGCUCCAGUUCCCACUUUAACUCAAACCAGUGGCCAUCCUUGGAUUCAGACAACCCUGGGCCUUUUGGCAGGCCACUCAACCCACUCUGGCUUAGCCUCUCUGUCCAGGGCUGAGAAGGACUGAGGGCUGGCUUCCUGCAGGGCCUCCAAGGCUCAGAAGACAUUUGGCUCUGGCCAGCAAGCCUCCAGCACCCAGAUUCCUGCUCGCCACUGGCCCCUGGCCCGGGCCCACAGCCUUGGCCAGGCCCCAGACAGUGUGUGUCUAGGAAGAACCUGGUGGCUGUGGAGAAACACAUGGAAAGUUCAGCAUUUGGCCGUGUCAAGGGUGUAGGUCCGUGCCAUGAAGAGGUUACCCCAAACCCUGGGUGGGUGGAUGGGCUGGAGGUCAGUGGAUUGAAAGUAGAGCCUGAGGGUUGGGGGAUGGGGACGCUCAGCCUAGGGACAAGGACAGUUUCAAGCUUGGAAGACCUAGCAUCUCUGCCCUCAGGCCACAGUGGAGAAGGACCCUGUUUUCCCCAGGAGGUGACAAAAGUACAGCCUCCUCCCUCCUGCUGUGAAUGACCCAGCACAACCUCCCAAGGCAGCCUGCGUGCUGCUUCCACCAGCCACAGUGGCACUUUCCCAGGCCUGUCUCCCCAAGUUGUGCAAGGCCCACAGCACAAUCAGGAAGUGAAACUGGGUGAAAACAGAAAGUGAGAGGGACCUGCUGGGUCCUCAGAUGAGCUCGGGGCACUUUCACGUCUUCUGGUCACUGGAACCCACCCCAUGCCAGAUCUUUAUCUCUGUUGGAUUGGGGGAAGGGGGACAAAGCAUCUUCUCCUGGGACUCCACAGCCAGAAAUGGAAGGCCACAGCUCCCCAUGAGGCUGGAAAAUCCCGGAGGGGGAGAAGGUCUGAGGCAGGAGGUGGAGUGACGGGGGCCUCUCUGUUGGGAAAGAGUAGUUAGUGGCUAGGGAGGGAGGGAGGCCCUGGGAAGAGCAGUGCACCUGGUGCUCCUGUCUGAGGGUAGGAAGGUGUGACAGGGCCUAAAUUACAGUCUGUCACCUGGGGACGUUGUGGGAGCACUUAGGUUGUGCUUAGCACAUAGUAGGUCGUCAAUAAACCGUGAUCGA